AUGUCGCGUAACUACGUCUCAUUUGCAGACAAAGAGGCGUUUCCUGACUUCUCAGCUCUUCCCUGUGACUACACCUGCCCUCUUGCUCGCCGCGGUGUGAACGGAUGUCUUCUUCUUGAGAUUGUCAGUAUUGAGCGAUCCACGCGACUUGUGCUGCGAACCUAUGACAGGGCCAAGUUUCCCGUCACUGUAGCUCUCUAUACCAAAGAUCGGGGAAAGGCCAUCGCAGAAUCUCCAGAUCUAAAGCCCGGAAAUACACUUAUUUUCAUGUUUCCCAGACAGCAUUUCUUCAUCGAUGGAUCUGUGGGUAUCCGGCAAGAGGAGUAUCGGUCCAUCAAGAUCUUUUCUGCGUCUAUAGCUGAGCUCUUCCAACUGAGCAAGGAUAUGGCAACUUGGCCUGCCAAUUUUGCUAUGCAUCAGGAGUGCCAUGGAUGUGGAAAGAAGGACAUUCCCUUGUUGAAGUGUGCUAAAUGUGAAGUAUUUGCAUACUGUGGCAGGGAGUGCCAGAAAGCUGGAUGGGAGGAGAAAGGUCACAAGAAAUUAUGCAAGAUUCUUGCUGACAAACAAUUUCGAGCCUUGAUGAGAUUGCUGUCAUAA